AUGAUCUUGGUAGACGCUGAAAAAUCACUCGCAUACCAAAACGAAAGCGUCGAAAUAUUCAAUAAAACGCCUGCGGAACAAAUAUUAUUUGGAGACGAAAUUGUUCCAGGAGUAUUUUUGGGAAGCUAUGCUUCAGCGAAAGACAAAGAUUGGCUAGACCAAAACCAAAUAACGCAUAUUCUCACCGUUGCUUCUGGACUGGCACCUGCCUUCCCUGGCCAUUUCACAUACAAAAUUAUAUCGAUACGCGAUCAUCCAUACGAAAACAUCCUCGCACAUUUUGACUCGAGCGCAAAGUUUAUUUCAAACGCUUUAAGCAAAAACGGUAGAGUGCUCGUACACUGUCAAGCUGGUGUCUCAAGAAGUGCAUCUGUAAUUAUAUCAUAUCUGAUGAAGACUAAAAAUAUGGUUCUUGAUGAUGCUUUGGGUUAUGUUGCAGAGAGAAGGUCUAUUAUUGCUCCAAAUUCAGGUUUCCGUCAGCAGCUUCGCAUAUAUUCAGCAAUGGGUUGUUCUCAAUCGAGCUUUCACAUAAAGUACUUGGAGUUUCGUCUACGCGUUUGGAGUAAAAUGAUUACAAACCCACUGUGA